UCUGAAUGGACGUAUCGAUUCGACGUCGUCGGUUUGCAUACGAUUGAUACACCUGAGCCAGCCCCUAUACUGUGACUGGCGAUUUACAGACUUUACGGGUGGUUGUUGGUUGCGCGAUGUGAAUAAUAAUAAUAGAUCGGUUAAGCAACUCAACUCAGCUGUGUGUGAGAGCGUGCUGCUGGGAUAAUUCUCGGAUUCUUCCAGUCGAGUGAUUUUUAUUGUGAAACCAAUGAAUAUAAAACAUUCCUUGUUCGAAUUCUAAUUUACUGCAUCACCAAGCGAAUACGUACUACACCUAUUAGUGAACGAGAUUGACGUGAAACAAAAGCGAUUAUCGAGAGUGGUUUUCAAGUGUUUGAGAGCAGCAAGAUCAAAUCUGUGUGUUAUAUCUGCGGUUACGCCAGAGUGUGUUUAUUUGUAUAAUAAAAUACGCAGUAGAUUAUCUGUUUCUGGACAAAUCCAGUAAUUACUGCACAAACUGAAUGCGCUAGUAGGCUGUACGUCCCUGUUUUUGCUUUUGCGUGAAGAAAAGGUUAUUGUGCAAAACUUCCCUUUUCCCGUGUGUGUGAGUGAAAAACUGACACAGUAGGCUGCAGCAUAGAACGUCAAAGCAGCAGUAGCAGGAAAUAGCAUCGAGAGUUUAUUGACAUUUUGACUUCGUACCGUGCUUGUCAUCAUACAUUCCUCGCUUGUGUGAAAAUUGAAAAAUUGCUCAACCAAAACAUCGAGCAUCAUCGUUUCGAUGAGAAAGUGAAUUAAAACACCCGGCACUGAUGAAAUGUAGCAGCAGUGAAAAGCAACGCCAAGUUUGCUAAAUAUCAAAGCUCAUCCGUAGUGGUGCAUGAUGGAAGCAAACGUCAUGCUGCUUUGUUAGUCCACAUAAGGUUAACAUUGAACCUCUUCCCGGACAAGUCAAACGAACAAGUGAAAUGUGAAUUGUGGGAGGCUCAAUUUUGGCUUGGCCCUUCUGCCUGAGUGCUAGGAGAAGUGACUAUAAAACAAUUCAAACACCGCCUACCGUACGUGUUCGCGCUAAUGAGCUUUCAAAGAAAGAAGGAAAAAGUUGGCCCAUCAUCUAUCUGCAUUAUAGCGUGAGGCGUAUCAACGAACGAACCGAAUGGAAAUAACGCUGACAAUUCACGCGAGUGAAAUUGCAUAAAUGGAAGCAAACAUUGAUCGACAAUCGGCAGUUUAAUUGUGGCUGAAACGGUGCACACAUGAAAACGGUACAAUUCCUGUACAACAAAAAGAACCACAACAUAACAAUUGCGCAUAUCGGAAAACACACACGCUGCACGCUGGUGGAUGCUGUCAAUGACACUUUGGCGAGCGGCGUAAACACAACAACAGACGGCGGUGUUUUUUCCAGAGCCAGCACAGCGGGCCCCGCUACUGAAAACCGUACAGAACCCGCUUCGUUUGACAUCCAUCCAAUUGCUGUGUUACAUGCUAAUUUCACCGGGAACUGGUUGCAAAGGACGUGCCAGCAUUGAACACUGGUGAGACAUUUUUCUUCUCAUCGAAAGGAUAACUGCAGAGUGCACACUGAAGCGGGACUUAACCAGAUCAACUGAGAAAUAAUUUCAAAUGAGCGGAAAUGAUAGCGCUGAAGGGAUGAUAAUGGCAAUAAAUUAGCGUCUGGUUGCCCGGGAGAGCUUUACACUGUGUUGCAGACCGAGCCCGAGGCGGCGGAUACUAUCCAGGUGCAAGCAUCGUGGGUGCGAAGCGUGAAAGAUAUUCCAUAAGCAAAAUGACUCUCUACUGGUGGAAUCAUUGGUUCUGGAUCACCGUCUGCGGUGUUGUGCUGAUUGAAUGCACCCCGCUCAGUUCGAUCGAUUCCUAUCCCAGCAAACUGGCCAAACUAGAGGAAAACAGCAACAAAUCAACAUAUCUGAAACGGGCUGGUGAGUUUGCCAGCUCAGCAGCAGGAGCAGGAGGAGCGACAGGUGGCGGCGCUGGCAGCGGAAGACCUGGACCCCAUUUCAUAUCAUCACUUCCACCAAUGGCAGCCGCCGCCAGCGGAGUGCUGCCCUUGCCCGCAAACGGCGGCGGAUCACAAACGGCACCAACCGUCAACAGUAUCGCCUCGGACGAAGCUUUCGUUUCAGAUCGCCAAAUGGACAUCGAUGACACAUUCGCUGGCGGUGGAAGUUUGGCCGGUUCGGACUUCGCACCGGGGGCGGGAGUGAUGCGUUACACGCGAAAGGACAGUGAUGCGAGUGGCAGCAGCAGUACGACACCGACGACGGUUGAGAGUUCCAGCGUAGGUGCUGGAGCUGUAAGCGACGAUCCGUCGGUGUCCAGUACGACGGCGGCGGCAACGGCCGCCCUAGGCGGUUCCGACCGGCGGUUCAAGAAGAACGGAACAAUAUUCACUCGAAACGAGCAGAACAUCACGACACUGAAGCUGAAGAACUACAAUCGAGGAAUGGAACGAGAUGAUCUCAAGGAACCGGCCCGCGUCCCAGAGCGUGGAACUCGCCUGGUGGAAACCCUCCUGCUGACGGCCGUUGACAACAGUACCGAUGCAGCGCUGCUGACCCUCGAGCACGGAACGGAACAAGUCGAAAUGGACGAGGACAUCGGGAAUGGUACUGCCAUGAACGUGGCGAGCAACAUUCCGGAAGAUCCCCCCGAAGGGGAUAACGCAACACUGCUGGUAGCCGCCGCCGCCCGGCCUGUGCCGAUGCCGAUCGAUGACGUGAACCCAUCCCGACCGCCGCCGCCCUCGCUGUCCAGUGACAACCGCAGUAGCUUUAAUACUGGUAGUAGUAAUAGUAGCUUUAGUAGUAGUGAUAGUAGCAGUAGUGGUGAGCGGGAUAUUCCCGACGCUAGCCAUAGUGAUAGUGCGAGUAAUGUCAGUGCGAGCGAUCGGCGAAUCGGCAAGAUUCUGUCGUCCGAUUUUCGGGACUUUGUCGGCAGCGGAAACAGCCCGAAUGCCAGCAGUUACAUCUCGAGAGCGAUAGCAUUUUCCACCCAAAAUCUACAGGAAGGAAUUGACGAUCAAGAUCAUCCGCUGGAGGAUGACGAUUAUCGGCGCAGUUCGCGGGCCCAACAGCGGUUGAAUUUGGGUGCAAUAUCCGGCAUAUGUUUGGCUUCGCUGGGAUUGCUGUCCAUCAUAUCGGCGGUCCUGAUCAUCCUCUACCGGAGGUAUGUGUACAUUAACAAGCCGCAAACGCUGAGCGAACCGGACUCCAGCGGGUACAUCGACGACAGCACCAUUCGGGACAACUCCGACGAGAUGUACAGUCUGGAUAACGAUUCGUUCUUGAACUCGCUCGAAGCAAUGACAAUUCAGAACUACUGGACCGACAACGUAAAGCAUACGAAGUUGUAAAGCUUCGCUUUUUUUCGGAGAAAGAUAACUAAAUUCAACACUAAAUGACACUCUGUGAACAUACUAUUUUACACUUAGUACCUACGUUAUUUAUAGAUUACAAAUUUUUUGCAAUCGUUCCAUCAUGAGCCGUCCCUAAUAGUGAUUGAUAAUAAUUAAUACCUACUUAGUUAUUGAGUUAGCAUUACAUUACUGAUAACAUUCAAGCUAGAAUUUAGUGUCAACUAACUAGGCAGAAGAAAAAUGUUUUCCUUCGUUUUCGGUUACCUCGUUUUAACUUAACAUUCCAUUCGUUCGUUUAUAUUAAUAUUAAAAAAAAAGAACAGACAAAACGGUGUUCUAAUGCCGAACAAGCAUAAUUGUAAGACAAGACAUUGUGAUUCAAGUUGGUACACAGAAACGUAACAGAAUGAAACUGGAAUGGAGUAGGAUACUUAUAUUUAUAGGUGGUACGUAUCAUUCAUUGAGAGCAGCAUCAAACCGGACGAAGGUUUUUUUUUACCGAGAUUUGAAAAGCUGACUAGUAAAAUAGAAAGAAGUGCAUAAAAUAUUGCGUCUCUUGUGGUUCAAAUUCGAUUAUAAGCAAAUAGCAAAAAGAAACAAACAAAAAAAGAAAUCAAAUCAAAGUACUUAGCAUGUGUACUGUUGUAGUAGCGGAAAGAAAAACAAAGGCGGCUACGACCGUUGUGUCAUGAAAAAUUGUACAACUCUUUCAGAUUUACUUAGAUUUUUUGUGAAAUAAACAUCACACUGAAUUGGA